AUGUACAAUCAAAUUCAGUUGAACAGGAGUGUCGUGGAUAUCAAAACUAGCAAGAGUGGUUACACUAUCGAUGGGCUUGGCCUGACCUGGCCUGUCAUGGUUGCAAUGGAGAGUCUGGUGUUGUCUUGUCGCUCUGGGAGGAAGAAUUCUUUUUGGUCGCGUAAGGGAAAUAACAAAAGGAUGGGGUAUGCGAGCUCGCAUGUCCAUCCUGCAGCUUUACUCGGUGCCCACCGUGGGGACCGAAAGCAAGACAAGGAAGGUCUAUCGUUCUACUUUUCCAGCAUCGUUGAAGAUUCGGAUGCGCAGCGCAGCGUAUCCGUGUGCUGGGAAACACCGUGUCCCGCCCCGAGAAAUUCACUUGAAAGUUCGGGUCUGGGUGGUGUUUGCUUGUCAUGGGAUUCGGACUCGGUCUAA